AGUGAAAGAAAAGCAUGACAGCAUGGAACUGGAGCUGAUUUAGAAGUGAAUCUAGUUUUACCACCAUGAAGAUAAAUGAGAACUCUUUACUGGAGGGAAACAAGGUCGUGCUGGUUCCUUACGAUGCAGAGCACGUGCCCAGGUAUCAUGAGUGGAUGAAGUCUCCUGAGCUGCAGCAGCUGACCGCUUCAGAGCCGCUGACCCUGGAACAGGAGUACGACAUGCAGAGGAGCUGGAGGGAAGAUGAUGACAAGUGCACGUUCAUCAUCUUGGACAAGCAGCGGUGGGCAGACGGCAGUGUAGAAGAGGAGCAGUGCAUGGUGGGAGAUGUCAACAUCUUCCUGACUGACCCUGCAGACCCAACACUGGCUGAGCUGGAGAUCAUGAUAGCAGAGCCGGGUCACAGAGGCAAAGGCAUCGGGAAAGAGGCGACACACAUGAUGAUGAGCUACGGAGUCACCAAACUUGGGGUCAAAAAGUUUGAAGCGAAAAUUGGGCUGAACAACCAGGUCAGCAUCGCCAUGUUCAAGAAACUCCACUUCCAGGAGGCGUCGGUGUGCAAGGUGUUCAAAGAGAUGACCCUCGAGAUGACGGUGGAUGAUUCUGUUCGGACGAGGCUGCAGGAGGACACGGCGGACAUGAAGGAGCGAGACUACAGACAAACAUGCAGCAACAGACGGGAACAAGUUUCACAGUGAAGUGGCGAGCUCCACUGAAGACUUCCAGCUGUGACGGACAUCGUUCUUCACCAUGAAGGAAAGUCUGAUCCGAAAACUGGUGUGCUUUUAAACUUUUCAGACAUUUUCAGCAGAGGUGGAAAGUUGAUUUACUCAAGGACAAUUAUGAGGUUCUGCUUCUUUAUGGAAGUAUUUCUUAAUGUUGGGUUAUAUUCUACUUUUCCACUGCUACAUUUAAGAGGGAAAUAUUUUGCUUUUUACCGUUUCAUUUAUCUGACAGCUGGAGGAACUAGUUACACUGUUUGGCCAAAAGUAUUCAGAUACUCCUGCAUGUGAUGCUCUGCUGGAAAAGCUUUCCACAAGACAACAAUCAGCCACAAGAGCUUUAUUGAGGUCGGGCAUUGAUGCUGGGUGGUAAGGUCUUCCAGCUCAUCUCAAAGGUUUUUGACCAGAGAAAAGUUAGAUUAGAAAACUAAUUCUUUAUGGAUCCAGCUCUGUGCAAAUGGGCAUUGUCAUGUUAAACAGGAAAUGAUCUUCUCCCAAAGUUGAAAGUUUACCAUUAUUUAAUGUUGCAUUGAGGUUUCCCUUAAUUGAAACUAAGGGCCCAAACCAAAUAAACUACCCCUACCCCAUAUACUGUUGGUCAUAUAUUGUUUAUUUCAGAUUCAGAUCUAACUAUCAGCAUUAGAUAAAUAUCUCAUUUUUAAGUGUUACUUUCUGUCUGUCUUUUAGUUCCUCUUUGAUUUUUCCUUCUAUCAUGACACUUCAGCACAUUUUACUGACUAUACUUGUUUACUUUUACUUGAGUAAAAAU